AUGGCCCAUGACGCUCCUAUCCAGCGCACGGCGCCAAUCGCCAUCGCUCCCAAACCUCCUCGGCCGGAGCCACUCCCACUCCCACGCCGCCAGAACAGCUCCCACAGGUUCGAGAUAGGCCCCGCGAGCUUGCAUGGCAGGGGCUCCAUCGACUCCGGCUCAUUUCAUGGGGCUGCCGCUCCCCCGUGUCAGGCCUGUCGCUUCUCUGGCACCAGGUGUACCGUGGCCGAGGAUGACGAUGGCUGCAUGCCCUGUCAGCUCAACGGCACCGAAUGCUCGCUAGUGUCGCCGAGCCCUCAGACCCGUAAGAGGAAGCUUAACGGGGAUUCUGCCGAUGAAAGCGUCAAGAGAGGCUCCCCCGGUAUCCCCAGCCGCAGAAACCACAACUCGAGCCUCUCCAGCACCGCAGCCAGCAGCUCAUUCUUGGAAGACAUGGCCAAUGUCGGCGGCCCCACCAUGCUCAAGCGGACGCUAGGUCUCCAGGAAGACCGGUACAGCCAGUAUAUCGGCCCCACGACAGAUUUCGAGCCCUCUCUCAUCAACCUCUCUCCCUUUGACACGCAUGACGAGAGCCUCCUUGCCCGCGGCACCCUCCGCAAGGUCAGCGACUCAGACACCUUCCUCAUGCUGCCGGACCACAGCACGCCCGGCUACGACCAUGUAAUCGAGGAUCUGGACGCCAUCGAGGCCAUCGUGGCCCCCCAUGGCCGCACGCUCAUCGACCUGUAUUUCCGAGUCGUCCACCCCGGAAUGCCCAUCAUCCAGAAGACCGUCUUCAUGGAAAAGUAUGAACGAUCCUAUCGCGAGUUCUCACCACCCAUCCUCGCCGCCGUCUAUAUCCUCGCCAUCAACUGGUGGGAUCACCACGACGAACUGUCCAAGCUUCCCCGCCCCGACGUGCGUGAAUUAGAAAGGCUCGUCCGCACCACCCUCGAAGAUGCCAUGUACCGACCGAAACUGUCGACAGUCCAAGCCGGUCUGCUUCUGUCUCAGCGACCCGAGGGCGAUCAGUGGGCUCCGACUGCGCAGUUGGUCGCCAUUGCUCAAGAGCUUGGCCUCCACCUGGACUGCUCGGGAUGGAAAAUCCCACCGUGGGAAAAGGGGCUGCGAAGGCGCCUGGCUUGGGCCCUGUACAUGCAAGAUAAAUGGGGUGCUCUCGUCCACGGGAGGCCCUCUCAUAUUUUCCCUUCGAACUGGGCCGUCCGGCCGUUGCGUGCCAACGACUUUCCCGAUGUCGAAUGGGAUGAGAACGACCAGGAGGAGCGCCAGGACAUAGAAAAGGGCCGCCUUGUCUUUACACGGUUCGUGCAGUUGUCCGAGAUUCUUUCCGUGAUCCUCGACACCUUUUAUACUCUGCAAGCCAUGCAGACCGUCUCCAACGCGGGCUCCGGAGGAACACAGCUGGUCCUUUCAUUAGCGAAACCUAUCCAGCUUAGGCUCAAAGAGUGGUAUAGCGGGCUGCCCACCAAUAUUCGGCUGGAUUCGUACUCAGCAAGCAAAAUGUCGUCGAGGCUGUCGUGUAUUGGUUAUCUUCAUUUGGGAUACUUUGCAACCGAAAUCACCCUCCAUAGACGCAUCAUUCGGUCGCUGGCAUCCAACACAUCGUCGGUCGACUCCUACGUGCAGCACAUCUGCCGCAGUGCCGCCAAGGCUCGCCUGAUUUCCGCCAUGGAUUUUGUCAACCGACUGAUGUCGAAUCACAUUCAGUCGUUUUGGUAUUUCGCCUCGAAAACCAACUUUGCCCUCAUCGGAACGUUCGGAUCUUUGCUGUGGGCGACAUCGCCCGGCCGUGAAGAGGCGGAGUGGUAUAGGCGUCGACUCGGUGAAUAUCGCUGGACGUUGUCGGUCAGUUGCAAGCCGGGCCAGAGCAAGGGGUUGACGGAAUUUGCCAUGACCAUGUUGGAUAUUUCCACCGGCCUUUUGAAGCAACUUCCGGAAAAGCCAUCCAUGAGUCGCACCGGCAGCAUGGCAGACUUCUCUGCCAUGUCUAUGCCCAGUUCCUAUUCUGGCGGAGUCAACAUCUUGGGCAGCUUCAGCAACUUGCCCAGCACAGACGUCAGUAACGCCCAGAGCCCUCUUAGUGAAUCAGAGAGCAGCGACGAGGGCAUGGGAGAUGACGAUUAUGCAACGCCGAUGUAA